AUGCCUUUGACGGCAGAGGUGUGCACUCUGGCAGACAGUCAGACGACAACACCCGUACAACGUGAGUUUACUCAGCAACAACACUCCGAACAGAACGCCGAGUCCGAUCGCUUUCCCAGUCCGCAUUCCGGAGCUGUCCAACCUCGUCUGUUGUUGUUCCUCAAUCGGCUUGAUGCGCUUGGCUUUGUCUGUGUGCAGCCCUGUCGUCUCGUGCCCCGAGCACGAGCUCCUGCGGCAUCAGGCAUUGCCUUGUUAUUGGCACUGCCCGAUCGUCGAUCGACCCCUCCUCCCCUUUAUAUACCUUUGUCAGCACACGUCGUACUUACACUUUAUGCAGCUCUGCCGCGCUCCUACAAACCAACCACUCGGCCAUUCUACGGCCACGCCUCGACUGUCGAGUCUGGCUUCCAGGACGACGAUCUCGACGAGGACGACGAGCUAGACUACGAGGAAGAAGAGUACAUUGAGAUCGUCGACGACACAGACUUUGAGUUUGAACGCAACACUGUUCCACCUCCCCUCCCCACCGCUGCUCACUCCCCCGCGCCUGCGACCAUGCCUCGUACCCGCCGCAAGGAUGCUGACGCCCUCGCGUUCAAACGAAUCGCGCACUUACUGCUCUCUGCCGUCCAAUCCAAAUCCCGAUCCUCGACCUCUGCAGACGACGAGCCGUACUACGAGGACCCAGGAAUCAUGUGGUCGUCGAACCCCGACAAUGCUCUCGCCGGGCCGUACACGACGCCAAGCGGCAAGACUGUGCAAAGCGACCCCAACGAUGAGCGCCUGUCGAAUCUCGGCAUCCCCCUCGCCCUCCCGUACAAGGUCGAGACGCUCGCGGAGAUGGACGCCCGGUUGGAGCUCAUCGUCUGCCGCUUGACGGAGUGCGUCAAGGCGAAGGACUGGAUCGUCGGAUUCAGGUGGUGGCAGAGCAUGGGCUACCCCAUGAAGCGCGAUCUCAAGAUCCGCCUCAUCUUCUUGUACUACGAGAUCCUGUUCGUCCCCGGUCUGCGCUCUGGAUUUGUGGAGGGACGAGCAAACGAACUCAUCAACUGGCUUAAUUUGACCGUGAACGACCUCCGAAUCCCGUGGCGACCGCUAUACGAUGCGCUGUACAACGAGCUGUUCCCGCACCCGAACAAGCUCGCCCGCCACUCCGUCAACCUGGCGCCCGUCUACCUCAAUGUUGCCGAAGCUGCGCAGCGAUUGUUCCACCCCGCCGAUGCCGAGGAGAUGAUGGAGACGAUUCUCCCGCAGUUUGCUCCGCACAUGGACUCGAUCCUCGCGACGCAGCUGUUCCUCGUGCACUUUCUCCCGACUGCUUCGUGCGACAAGUGGCUGCCAGUCCUCUUCCGUCUGUGGUACGGUCUGAACAGUGGACUGUGGGACGACCAGGCGUCGGACAUCAUCGGCCAACUGGCCAUGGUCCACAUCGAGACGCACCGGUCCGACCCUGUCCUGAAUGCCCGCAUUCCCCGUGGCAGGACGAACACGCCAGAGGAGCAGGCGCGCAACCCCAGUCUGAAGAAGGCGGAGCGGAACCACCGUGCUCGUAUUCUCGACGCUCAGAAUGACGUCGUCGACGAUGCGGACGGCCUGACCUACUGGGUUGACCCGGAAAAACUGCCGGUAGAGGAGGAGGAAGGAGACCCGAACUACGCGCGCCUGCGCCGAGACGUCGGAAUCUUCACGGACGAGCAGUUCGCCUUCAUCAUGUCCAAGUGCUUGAGGUCUCUGAACGUGCCAGUCGGCGGGUCCAUGGCGUCCCAGAACAGCAUGUCGAUCACGCAGGCGGACACCCGUGUUUCCAAGAAGAACCUGGACGCAAAGAAGCCCAUUGACCGCACACAGAGUCUGGCCGAGGUCAUCAUCUACAGCAUGUCCGAGGAUGCGCCUGUAGCUCCGUUCGGCACGACUGGUGCGCCCACUCGUGCUGCCACCCCGGCAUUCACGCCGCACCAUCCCAGCAGCGUUGAUCCGAUCACCCGCGUGCGCAACGGCGACGUGGCCAUGUCUCGAACAGACAGCACGGAUUCACUCAAGGCUGCGGGUGAGAGCAUCGAGCGCAGCAAGAAGUAUCUUGCCGGCUCCAAGGCUCUGGAUCACCUGUCACGCCUGAUCACCAGCUGCGAGACCUUCUUCCACCCGUCAAACGCCGGUCCCUGGUCGUCCUUCCUGACCGUCUUCCUGUCGCAUCUCACGAGCAACUUUGUGCAGCGCUGGAAGAUGGAGGAGGAACCAAACUGCAAGGUGCCCGUCGAGUGGCGUCUCACCCCCGAGAUCAAGCGGUCCUUCGUCCUGACGCUGCGUCCCGUCGCGCUGACGGCCAUGUUCAACAAGGACAUGGAGUCUGCCCAGCCUGCCAUCUCCACGCUGAAGAGGCUCGCGCUGCUCGAGCCUGACCUGAUCAUGCCCGCUAUAAUGGAGCGUGCGAUCCCUUCGCUGCAGGGUCUCGAGGAGACGCAGCGGACAGCGUCGGUCACCUUUGCACUUGCCGCAGUCGCCCAGCCCCUUGCAGGUCGUUCCGUCUGGCGCUUCGGAGGCAUAUAUGUCGCAGACAUUCUCAACUUGCUUCUCCCUGGCAUCGACCUGAACGACCCUACCAAGACCGGUCUCUCUUGCAUGGCGAUCUGUAACAUGGUCGACCAGAUCCGAAUUGCCGACAUCUCCGACAACGAAGCGACCCCCAACGGUGAUGCGGGCCGCACUGUCCGCCGCGUCGUUCGCGCUAAGGUCGACGACGACCCGAACGACCCCGUCGGGCAGGAGUUUGAAGAGAUGACCGAGGACGAGAUCGAGAGCCGUCUCCGCAUCUCGACUGGUGCCUUCCAGGACUGGGUGCACGAGUUCCUCGGACGUGUACUCCUGCUCUUCGCCAACCUCCCCGAGGAGGGCGGCAAGACUGGCCGUGCGGGUGGCAGGACCGAGAUCCUGACGCUGCAGAGCGUCCUCCACACCUGCGGUGCCAUUUUUGGAGCGCUCGACGACAAGCUGUUCGAUGCAGCGCUCGACCAGGUCGCCGAGUAUGCCACCACCACGACCAAGAGCAACGCCGUCGACGCCGUCGGAGAGCUUGUGAAGAACCUGACCGCUGUCAACGCGACCAAGACGUUUGAAAAGUUCUUCCCCAUCUGCAAGCAGCGUAUCACGUCAGAGCUGCGUGCUGGUGCCUCGUCGACCAGAACGACGACGACUUCGAUCCCCCGCCCGUCGGAUGCGCCGCUGCACUGGUGGAUGUCGAUCCUCUACGGUCUCCUCGUUCCUGGCCGCUUGAACCUCCCCACGCACCGCAAGGAGUACAUGGAGCUGCUCCGCACCAUGCUGCAGCAUACCUACUCUGAGCGUGGAUGGGCUUGGGCGGGCAACAUUGUCGAGAAGACGCUGAGCUGCCUGACUGCGCUCUACCUCCAGGAGAUGAAGUUCCUGAACCCGACCGAGUACGCGAGCGAGGACUUCAAGCAGCACCACACCAUGUGGUGGGGCAAGCUCUACCGAGCGACCGAGGCCAAGCCUCAGUGGAGGCAGCCCACCGACGAGGACGUGGACAUGGCUUUGGAGGUUGUCGGCCUUGCCGAGGAGGCUGUCUCGACGAUCGAGGGUCUCCUGGAGAAGACGGAGCGCGACUUUGUCUGGAAGAACGACUUCUGCCGCGCGAUGAACGUCGUUGACGAGGUGAUGCUCGGCUCCUACUCCCUCAUCGGCGAGUUUGACCAGCACAAGACUGGCGGCCACUACGCCAAGGUUUACACCCCCGGACUGCUCGAGUCGCACAUCCACUACAAGGCCGGCUUCCUCUUGACCGACCCGAAGGACCCGCGCUACCAGCGCGUCAUGCACUUCCGCGAGCGUGCGGCCCAGAUGCUCCACAAGGCGUCCGUCAUGAUGCGCACUGCUGGUGAUGACAACUCGGUCGACAGUGUCAAGCUGCUCGUCGCCACUAUUGGCUCGUACCUCUUCUCGUAUGGCAUGCGCCACAAGAAGUUCCAGAGCGCAACCAGCGCGUACGAGAAUCUCCAGGCGAGCAAGCGUCUCUACGAGGGACAGCGCAAGGCGCACCGUUCCGUCCACCUCGGAGCGAUCCAGGUGCACCACAGCAACCGCCUCAUGUACGCGAGCUACAGCCGUCCCCGUUCCGCUCAGGAUGACGAGCUGAUCAGGGACCUUCUCGAGUUCGGUCUGUCGCCCUUCCUCCGCGUCCGCCGACGAGCCCAGUCCCUUCUGUCCUCGGUCAACUCGACGUAUCUCGAGUCCACCGUGCUCUUCCCGGACGUGCUCCUCGACGCUCUGAAGCCCGGUACCGACCCUGACCGCAUGAAGGGAGCCCUCUACAUCGUCAGGAGCUGCAUGCUUCACUACACGCGCUUGGUGCGAGACUGGGAGGGCAUGUCAAAGGUUGUGGAGGCCCUUCUCGGGGCCCAUCACGAGACCAAGACGUCCAUCCAAACCCUGGUUAACAAGACGCUCGACGACCUGACCCGCCUCGCCCACGAGUGCCAGUCCUUCCGCAUGAUCUACCGCGUGGAGGGUGCCGAGAAGGCGGCUGACGAGGUCGCCAAGGAGCUGACCCUUUUCAAGCCGGACGAGGAGUUCGUUGCGCGCAUUGAAAAGGGCGACGAGGAGCGUCUCGCGGCCCGCGACAAGGAGUACGAGGCUACCGUCGACCUCAUCUUGAGCAAGACCCAGGACCCGACUCUCAGCUGGCGCUACCAGCUCGCGGCCGCCCGUCUGCUGUACGUCAUCGUUCGCCGUGACCGUCCCACCGACCCGCGCCUGAUCGAGUACUUCCUGUCUAUCUGCCAGAGUACCCACCCGCGUCUCCGCGACUAUGGCCAGUGCGGUUUGACCCGCCUGAUGUUCGACGCUAUGCAGCGUUCGUACACCAAGGGCUCACCUGAGAGGCUCUUCCUUCAGGAGCCCUUCGAUCCUCUGGUCCGUAAGAUCGACAUCAGCAAGGAAGGACCGGACUUUACGGAGCGCUACCUCAAGAUGUUCCGCGAGGAGCCUUCCGACGAGUCCAUGCUACAGGAUCGCGUCGACACUGGAUGGCUCGUCUGGGGCAAGGAAAUGGAGGUCGCCCGCUUCGCCAAGUGGGACGAGCAGAUCUUCGAGCUCGAAGAGGGCUGCAAGUCCGCGAUGCAGCUGCUCUUUGAUGCCUGCGCCAGUGACGAGUGGUGGCAGAAGCUCUCUGGCCACUUCUCACAGGAAGAGUCGCGCAACUACCCCUCGGCGUCGCACAUUGACCUCAUCCUCGCUCUCUGCCAGAUUAUCGGAGUCCCCAUUCUCGACAAGAUCAAGCCAGUCGUUCAGAAGCUCAUGGCUGACAUUGAGGAGAAGGGCGUGUACGACCGUCACCAGACUCGCGCUCUUAUGGAGUUUAUUGCUGGUCUCUUACGCGGCCACGUCGAGUGGCCCGGUAAGGACCGUCAGGCAUUCUGGGACUGGUUCACGCCUCUUCUUCCCGAUAUUUUCCGCAACAUUCGUCAGGACGCUCUGCGCUGCUGGGAGAUCACGAUGGACUACGUCCUUCACCAGCAGGACCCGCGCCGCCACAAGCCCCUCGUUGACUUCAUGCUCACCACGGCCCUCAACACGGACUGGGAGGGUGGGUCUGCGUACGACCUCACGCGCCGCGUGCAGCUCUCGCGUAUUCUUGUGCGCUGCCUCAAGUGGCGCUUCACGGACUGGGCACCGGAAUUCGAGAAGCUCUACUUCAGCGUGUUCAACUGCACGUACGCCGACGUCCGCACCCAUCUCGGCAGCAUCAUGAACGGCCUCGACCAGCUGCACUGGAACGCCUCGUACCCCAACGUGCCGGCGCUCAUUGAGGCGGUCCGCAACGACCCCAAGUGCGAGACCGACAUCAUGGGUAUCCUGCCGCCGCGCCAGCUCCAGGCGCAGGUUGACGAGACAAUGGCCAAGAUUGAAAAGUUCCGCGCGGACCGCCCCAGCGGCCCGAAGGCGGCCAUGAGUGACCACGACACUACGGCGACGACCCUCAUCCACUGGCUCGCGACCGAGCUCGUUGACGUGCACGCCGUCGGAACGAUGCCGUACAUCGUCCCCAUCCUGCCCAAGAUCUUCGAGUUCCGCGAGAUGAACGACAACACGUCGAUGCAGCAGAACGCCGGCCGCCUCCUCGCCAUGAUCACGUCGAUCACGCCCGCGUUCCAGCUCGUCGAGCCGCUCAUGGAGCAGCUCAUCUCGAUCUUGCACAACUCUGAGAUCCACUGUAUGCCGGUGCUGAGUCUGACGUACUUCCGCAACAUGUCGCUCCUGUCCGAGCCGCUGAAGGCGAAGUGCCUCGAUGUCAUCUCGGCAUGCCUGAAGGACGAGAACCAGGAGGUCCGCGAGAUGGCGUCGGUCACACUUAGCGGCUUCCUGCGCUGCUCGCAGCGCUCCAUGGUGCUCGUGCUCAAGGACCGCUUCGUCCGCGACAUGCAGCGCAUCAAGCUCCCGCGCCGCACGCUGUCGCCGGGCGUCAUCAACCCGAAGUACCAGUCGACGCUCGUCGAGCUGCACGCCGCCGUUCUCGGAGCCGUUGCUAUCGAGCCGAUGCCGAUCAGCGCGUCUAUCCGCUCGUGUAUCGCGUCUUUCAAGCGCACGCACGAGAAGUACCAGGAGCGCAUGACCGAGGACCAGAUUGCAAGCAUGAACUAUGCCCAGGCUGGCAACAGCUAUUCCACCCACUUCUCCUCCAUCACCUCAUAA